GCAAAGGAACACCAUCUUCAAGAAAGAACAAAAAAAAAAAGAGAGAAAGAAAGAUAAAGUAACCACAUCCCUCAUAAUGCGCGCGGAACACCGACACAAACACCAGUAUCUAGAGCCUUUAUAACCCAAGCGGUGCAGGAGCGGAGAUAAAGGAGCGAUAUUAUGUGUCCAGGAGAAGUUUCAAAAGGAGCAGGAGCCCCGCCCCCCCAAUAUUUAAAUAUACAGUAUGAGGCGGAGGGCCGCUCCACAUUGCCGAGCUCCUUCCGACGCGUGGACCGUCUGCGUGGAGAGCAGCACGCGCGCACAGGGAUUCGAACCCACAGGUGUGUGAAACAGCCGGCUCUCACACACACUCACACACACCACCAUCUGCGUGGAUAUCCGAAGGCUUUUUGAAAAAAAGUUUUUCUCCGCGACUCCCCCCUGCCCGGACUGCUGCGACGACUGUCGAGGACACGAUGCGGCCCCCGUCUCUCCUGUCCCUCCUGUCCCCGCUGUCCCCGCUGUCCAUGUGCUGCGUCGCCCUGCUGCUGCUCGAGCCGCGGCUCCUGGCCGCACCUGCGGGAAGCUCGCAGCAAAGGAGCAGGUCGACCUUCCUGAAGAACCGCAAUGAGGCGGACGAGCUUGGGACCCCUCUUCGAGAAGCGGUCCCCCAACUCCAGCCGGUGCCGGAUGUGACCCUGGAGGCCAAGCGUGCUCUGUGGAGGUCCCUCCUCAUCCGUGGCCCCCCGGCGAGACACGUCCAUGCCGUUCCUGCGCACAGUGAUGAAACCUUGCGCCAGAAUCCAAGGGCUCGUCGCCACGCCCACACCGGCGCACGGGGUCAUCACCACCAUGCCCAGCUGAUGCGUGUCGGCUGCGUCCUCGGAACCUGCCAGGUGCAGAACCUCAGCCACCGGCUCUAUCAGCUUAUUGGCCAGAGCGGCCGUGAAGACUCCUCCCCCAUGAAUCCCAGGAGCCCACACAGCUACGGAUGAGAACGAAGAUCGACACAAAUAGCAAACUCAUUGAAACACACUUUGCUCAUAGUUGUUGGAUAGAAGUUGUUAUGCUCUCACAGCUUGUCCCCCCCCUUCGAAAACAUAAAUUAUUGUGCCAUUCUAGAAAAUUCAUUGCACUUAAAUCUCUCCCACACAAUCAAGGUGCAGAUCGUCCGUAACCCUUUGGAAAUCAUUACGAGUGAGUUGACUGCGGUCAUUGUGAUGGUUAAGCCCUGGUCACCCCCGUUCACUGAACCUGCUCACCUUCCAAUCGGGCCAUUAGUACACAUCAGAACGAUGGGUCGAAGUUCACAUAGACUCAUUCCUUCUCUUCCUCUGGGGGGCAAAAGCGGAGACGUUUUGGCAGUUUCUCUAAAUCCUGAUAAUUCAAGAGAAAAUAGCGGUUCGCUGGUCUUCGCUCGUCCACCGCCUGAGCUCUUGAUGGGAUGUGUCAUUACCCAGACCUCCUAGCACAGGGGAAAGGCUGCCAACAGGACAAACUCAAGGCUCUUAGGGUAUGCUCCACUGAUCAAACACAUAAGCCCUCAUUGAGGACCAGGAGGAAGAGGGGGACACCUUAAAAGCAUAUGCUAAUGCAUUCCCGUGGACGUGCGGGGCCCGCCUUUUACCCCAUUCCCGCCCGAGGCAUCUCUGGCUGAUCUGGGAUUUGACUUUGAUCACCGGGGCUUGUUCACAGCCCGCCAAGCUCGAGUUGCCCACGACCACUGUAGCUGUCAUCGCACCCCCCGGUCAUGUGACCCCUCAGCAUGAAGUCUGUGAGCAGCGAGACGUCUUUACUAAUCCGCGCCCACAUCGAUUACUGUAAUUGGAUCUCAUGGCUAGAGGUAAACCGCAGUGAUGACUGAGGGCAGCGGUGGACGACAGAUACCGACACCCGGGCGAGGAUCUGAGCUCGACUGAAGACAGACACCGUGGAAAACCCCAGACUCAGCUGUUGUACUUAUGGUAGACUCACUUGCAGCAUCUCCCAGCGCUACUUCCCUGAACGUGAACGGCUCCGAAAUCUGCGGAGGUCACUUUCCCGCAGCGACAUCAUAGGACAAAAGACUGAUCUUGUUUUAUUUGACCACCAUAAAAAAAUUUCUGAAGGACAUGUACUUACUGUACUCCACAAGUCACACCGUUCUCACUGAUCAAAUGUCACCGAUGAGUUAAUUUCAUUUACUGUGCAUGGAUGUAUAUUUAAAUUAUUCUCUUAGUUGUGUUCAUAUUUGGCCCAAUUUAACCGCUAAGUCAUAAGAAGCCCUAAUCCGUCUGCACUCUUCCCCUCAGUCCUCAGCCCUCCGUUGUUUGCUGUGCAAUCUGUAAACAAUGGGCUGUAGCUCACCUCCUUGGGGCGGUGGGGCGCUGGUGGGGUAAUUCAUUCACGAGUCAAAAUGAAGGAGUCCAGAUUAGCGAUGACCAAUGAGAACCAAGAGUGCUAUUAAUGGCAAAUCUGUACCUUUGGAGGGGACUGGCUUAAACCCCCAUUCUCAAGGUUUAUAUAGUUAUGUGAUCGCAGUACAUUUUUGUGAGGGGGUCACAAAAAAGCCCCUGUGUGUAGUACACGAUAUUCUUGGACAUUACUAAUAGUUUUUAGGAAAAAAAACUUUCCAAAUUAAAUAUUUCUAUUUAUAUUUCCUAUACACUAUAUUAUAGUUCAUAGUCUAUUUUAGUCUAAUAGUCCAGGCCUGUGGUGAGGUGCUGCUCAGUUAACACCAGUCCAGCAAUCAAUAGAUGUUUACUACAGUACAACACCACGCUCUAAACCUGUAUAUGGAGCUAAUGAGUUUCUCCGAGUUUGCGGACACAGCGGUAGUUAAGUGUCAGCAGUGUCAAGCCUUUCUUUCUUUAAUUUCUAAAAAUGUGUGUGAAGAUCCGCGUGCCAAACACAUUAAUGUGGGCUGAGAGACAAAGAGAGAGACGUUAAUAUGGGCUCUGAGUUUCACUGCGGCUUCGCGAAUGAAGAGUUGCAGGUUUACCAAAAAGAAAGGAGGGAAAAUAUUAAAUAUGACUUGUGCAAGAGAGAAUACAGAUGCCAUACAAGUGUAAAAAAGAGUAGGUUUUUUUUUUUUAAAAUCAUGGGUACUGUUUCGUUAUGGGUGCUAUGCAUAUAAUAAAGUAAUAUAGAGCAUUUCUUUUCAAAGACUUCCACAGAUAUGUAGUAUAUAGUAUAAAAAUUAAAAAAGACAUUUCAUAUUUCUACCUAAGAUGGUUAAUAUACAGUAACUCUGAUUUCCGUCUGCCGGUUAGUGCUGGUCGUACCCAGACUCCACUGAGGUGUGUCUUCUAGGAAUGGAGCAAAGGGCCUUAACCAUCUCAAAGUGAAACUGUGCAAUCAACACCCCCCCCCCAGUAUUCAGUCUACCAAAGGAUAUUUAUGUGAAAACUGUCCACCUUUGUCCCGCACGGCACCAGUGUACAGUAUACAGUGCAACGGGGUAAAUCCACUCAGAGGCAGUUAUUCCAGUCUCAGCUGAUUUAAAUCCACUUUUGACUGCUCGUAACGAAUCUCAGUGUGUAUUAAUGGUUGAUGCUUUACCACGUUGUCAUUAAAUUAAGUUGUUUUAGCUCCAGCUUUCGCUCUCUACACUCGCGCUUGAGAACCUGCUGUCAAUGUGUAACUUCUGACUGAUUUUCCAGGUGUUUUCGUGCCCUUUUACACCAUCAGAGAAGUUGUUUAAGUUGUUUAAGUCCAUCGAUGAUGUCAGCGAACCGAAAUUGUGAUCGUAUAUGGGAAAUGAUCCUUUCCAGCCGCUUUCCAGUCAACGGUGGGUGCUCCGCUCCUCUGUACCAGCUUGGGGGAAAUACCUGAAGGUGGUUCCCAUGGUUCUCGUCUUAGUAGAUCUGUGCGGAGACUCACCGUCCCGCUUCCCUGUGCUGUACUGCAUCGAAUCAGUGUCUUGGCUGACGAUUAAAAAGCUUCCAAACGCAGAAAAACUGUCGAUUUCUGUACUUUUGCUGUACUGUACUGUGUUCAGACAUGCCAGGGGUGUGUGUUGGAGAGCCAAAGUGCCUUUCCGUUGCGUUUGUCUUCUCGCUGCCGCUCUUGUUUAUUUGACGAGGUCACGUUAAGGUGGACAUGUGGCAGUGUAUUUUGAAAACCUUUACCCUUGUGACCCCCGUGCCCUAAGCCCACAUCCCAUGUUAGGAAAAACACAUUAUGUGAACCAAAAAUGCCGCCACCACGGUCCUUUUGCUGCCAAGUGCUGCGAUCAGAAUAGGUCAGAGUAAAUGGCCUUCGUCAUGGGUCGGUCACAGGACACGGGUGACGCUGGCAGGACGCGGCACUGCUCCGCGGCCUGCGUGUCGUUCCCCUGACGCACGUACGUGACCGAGGUACAUGAGGGGGUGUUUGCGGUGUGACAGCGAGCCGCCUCAUUCCAUAUAAAAAACAAACUUUAUGUACUGAAGUACCAUGUGACGUGCGCCGCACGGAUGCUGUAUGUUGAAUGUCGCUGGUAGGUGGAACGGGAGAGCAGCAUCCACAGGCUGGACAUGGUCGCCAAGCCACUGGUUUCAGCAGUUCCGAACAGGGGGCAAAGACCAGCACUAAUCCAGAUCUCCAGAAGAGCCUUUUCUUAUAUAACCCAACGAAGGGGGGCGGAGCCUGUGGAUUCUGGCAGAUCAGUGUGAAGCACAACGAUACGUGUCCACUUGUCAGGUCCACUUGUUUUUGCAUUUUCUUUUUAUGGCACAUUUUGCAUGCUUUCAA